UCUCAACAUCAGUUGACAAAGCACUUUCAGUGUUACCAGAUACAAAACCUUUCCAUAAAAAGCUUGAAGAUGGCCGCAUCAACAGUUCAAUGCACUGUCUUGCUAGUUAUUUUAGCUCUAAUUUGUCUCAUCGAAAUGAGCGAAGCAAAUUACAAAAAUGCACCAAUGAACGGGAUCAUGUUUGGCAAGAGAGGACCAUCUGAUUACGACAACCGAGGAAAAGCAUUCACUGCCCUCUGCGAGAUUGCUACAGAAGCCUGCCAGACUUGGUUCCCAUCUCCGGAAAACAAAUAAGCUUGAAACAUAAUUAUCGUUUUGUUCACGUGCUUUUAUUAUGAAAUCUAGCGGAGAUACGCCUUUAUUGACUGUAGUUAUUUAUUCAGUAAUGUUCUAUCGAUAAAAUAAAGAAUUAUAGACUGAAA